GUCUGCCGGAGCGUCUGAUGAGCUCAACGGUCCCCAGGAAGCAGCGAUGCUUAUUUGGGUAUUUUAUAGCGAUAAAGACGAGGUGAAGCGCGGAUUUUCGAGGUCAGGCGGAACAAAUGAAGACAGUUAAAUAUUUUUAAAUUAUUUCUUUCACGCUUGGUGUCAAAUGGAGGAGACUUUUGUCAUGAUUUGGCAUUGAUUUGGCGAUGUUUACUGUGCAGCCCGAUAAGUUCCCCUGAAGAGUAACGGGAGCCUCUAGCCUUCAGCUGCCUUAAUAUUAGGCAGUAAAAUACAGAAAAAGGACAAUUAUUAUUAUUUCUUCUGGGUUGUGGGGCUGGCGGCAAGCCAAUCAUUUACUCUGGAGCCGGAAACGGAGGAUAGUAUGGCCAUGACGGGAGGGACUGCAGCUGCCCUACCCAUGAGCAACCACACCCGUGAGAGGGUGACCGUGGCCAAGCUGACACUGGAGAACUUCUACAGCACUCUGCUCACCCAGCACGAGGAGCGGGAGAUGAGACAGAAGAAGCUGGAGAAGGCCAUGGAUGAGGAGGGUUUGCCUGAUGAGGAGAAAGUAAUGCGCCGCUCGCAGCAUGCUCGUAAGGAGACCGAGUUUUUGCGGCUGAAGAGGACGCGGCUCGGCCUGGAUGACUUUGAAUCUCUUAAAGUUAUUGGGCGAGGUGCUUUUGGAGAGGUCCGUUUGGUGCAGAAAAAAGACACGGGGCACAUAUACGCCAUGAAGAUUCUGAGAAAAGCCGACAUGCUGGAGAAAGAACAGGUCGCUCAUAUCCGAGCAGAGCGGGAUAUUCUGGUGGAGGCAGACGGCGCCUGGGUGGUUAAGAUGUUUUACAGCUUCCAGGACAAGAGAAACCUCUACCUCAUCAUGGAGUUCCUACCUGGAGGCGACAUGAUGACUCUGCUGAUGAAGAAGGACACUCUGUCCGAAGAGGCCACCCAGUUCUACAUCGCAGAGACGGUCCUGGCCAUCGACUCCAUCCACCAGCUGGGCUUCAUCCACAGAGACAUCAAACCAGACAACCUGCUGCUGGACUCCAGGGGACACGUGAAGCUGUCGGAUUUUGGCUUGUGUACGGGACUGAAAAAGGCUCAUCGCACAGAAUUUUAUAGGAACCUGACGCACAACCCGCCCAGUGAUUUCUCUUUUCAAAAUAUGAACUCCAAGAGGAAAGCAGAGACCUGGAAGAAGAACCGGAGACAGCUGGCUUACUCUACUGUAGGGACUCCUGACUACAUUGCUCCUGAAGUCUUCAUGCAGACGGGAUACAACAAGCUGUGUGACUGGUGGUCUCUGGGGGUCAUCAUGUAUGAAAUGCUCAUCGGCUAUCCACCCUUCUGCUCGGAGACGCCGCAGGAGACGUACAGGAAGGUGAUGAACUGGAAGGAAACCCUCGUCUUCCCGCCUGAAGUCCCCAUAUCAGAGAGGGCCAAAGACUUGAUAUUAAGGUAUUGCACUGAUGCAGAGAACAGGGUCGGAGCUGUGAGUGUGGAGGAGAUUAAGAGCCAUCAGUUCUUUGAGUCCGUCGACUGGGAGCACAUCAGGGAACGGCCUGCAGCCAUCUCCAUCGAAAUCAAGAGCAUCGACGACACCUCAAACUUUGACGACUUCCCCGAAUCAGACAUCCUCCAGCCAGCCAGCUCAACAGAGCCGGACUUCAAAUCCAAGGACUGGGUCUUCCUCAACUACACGUACAAACGUUUCGAGGGUUUGACUCAGCGAGGCACCAUCCCCACAUACAUGAAGGCGGGGAAGGCCUGACACGCUGCAACGUGGAGACAAACAAAAAAAACAAAAAAACAACAACAGACGUUUACGGACACAGGGUCGGGCCGUGGAGCCCCCGCUGGUGCUGAAGGCCACGCUGUCGGCCUCUCAGUGUAAUUUAACCCUCAUCACAAGUCAUUUAGGCGUGCUCAGCCUCGGCAAGAACGCCAAGAGCUCGGAAAUUAAGGAGCGUUACCGCAUUACCUCGGUUGUUUAUAUAGCGUCUACACGUGCCGUCUUUAGCCAUAGCUCUCAGGCCAGUUCCUCGACACUAAAUCAGCAUAUCUGCAUGUUAAGCGGCAUUACUGCUUCCGGAGAGGAUUUAAAAAAAAAAACUGCCUAAACGCGAUAGUGAGAAUAAAGGUUGGAAAACAAAUCACUGCUUUGACAGUGAUGGUUUCUACACUGGAGGCUCCAUUAGCUCUGCUGCAAACAUCAUUUCUAACACUGAAGAUAAAAUCUGUACACUGGAGUCGAACUCUGAAGGAUAAGUGAGUAACGACAGGCCCCCGCCCCUUCUGUCACCAAUAUCUCUGGGGAUUUUUAAAGGAAGGUUCCAGCAUGGUUUCCAGGGUUUUGACUCUCUCUCUCUGCUUUGUUUUUAAGUGUAGGAAAGAAAGCACAUCAAGAUUCAGCUGACAGAAGCCUCUCACUUUGGUUUUAACCGUCGGUUUAGCUUGUUGCCUUGUAGCCUGGUUCAGCCUCAACAUCACACAUUCAGGGUGCUGAUGGUGCAAGUUCCUGCUAGCAAAAUGCUAUAUCCCUUUUAGCCUCAUAAUGCUCUGAGACCAGAGAGGCAUCGUUUAGUAUGUUAACCGUAAUAUUUCACAACCAGGCUUGUGCAGUAGACUUCAAUUUGAAACAUCUCUAUAUUUGUUGGAUUGGCAUAAAAGUAAUUUGCAUCUAGCGCCAUCAUCAUGUCAAAAAAAAAAAAACGAGGUUGGUCCAAUUUGGUUUUGCGAUCAUCUUCUGUAGAUUCUGGUUCUCUGGGUUUAGCAUUUAGCUCAAUGCAGAGCUUUGUCCGUAUGCAUGUGCUCAAAGAGCUGCUAGCGCUGAUGUAAUCUCAUGACGUGUCUCCUUUCUGAUACUUGAGUGCACUGCUGUGUAGCACACUGUGUGCAUCAUCUACCUAUCGGCAUGCUCAAAUAGUGCAGAAAGUUCAACAGAGUGUUGAAGCUCAAUCUAGCAUACAGAGGCGCUGCUCGUCAACACGCAAGGCAGGCAACUGCUUUGGGGCCCCAGAUCAAUACAGGGCCCCAAAGCAGCGGUCAUAAAAUGUGCAAACUUUUGCAGUGACGGUAGGAAACCUCCCUAAGGGAUUCCCAUCUGACAGAACUCACUCUCUUUACCCUGCUGAACGCUGAUUGGAGGGCCCCCAAAUUGAUUUUUGCCUAGGCCCCCAACAGACUCUAGAAUCAGCACUGCUAGCAUGAACAUUUAUUCAUUCCCUCUAAUCACUAUUGAAAAUGUGGACGGCUUCUUCUUCUUCUUUAAAGUUGAGUUGAAACUGUGUGGACUAUGUUGUAACUUUAAUUUGCUUCUGUAUGCCCCAGCUACAUGCUAGGUGGAAAUGAUGCAGCUAUCUAGCUGACAACGUGUCAAUCAAAAUGUAAAGCUCCAAUUCAUAACAAGACGCUUUACAAAAGAGCAUAUGGGAUAAGAUGCAGGAAGGAUUUCUCCUGUGUUCUUUAUGUUUGUGUUGUCCACACUUCCUUACGGCUGAGGUGGAGGUCGGAGCAGGCCGUAUAUAUAUAUAAAGCAUUAAGUUGGUGAAAAGGAAGGUGCUCCAGUGUGUUUUUAAAGUCUCUUAAAGUGACAGAUGCUUCUGUGCUGCUGAUGAGGGGAGGAGAGUAUAUCAUAUAUCAUGCUGGAACCCUCCUUCAACCCCCCCCCCCCCCCCCCCCCCCCCCCCGGUUCUGAUGAAACACCGAGCAUUUUGCCUCAGCGCUGAGAAACAAGUGUUGCCAGGAAAUGUGUGAAUGCCGUUUGCCCCUGUGCUCGACGUCCGUUACUGCGGAGUGCCGCUCAUUCACAUCACGCCAAACAAACCGCCGUAGUGUUUCACUUCCCCCUUAAGAGUCGGCUGUUUGUUGUUCAGGGUUCAGUGCCACAGUCAUUGAUAUUUCUCCUGACUUUAAUCCUUAAUGAAGCCCCAGGGUCGAUCCCUUUCUUCUGAGGUGGACAUGCAAAGUGCCUUUAAAGAGCUGAAGAGCAGAUACUUCAGCAAUCGGAAGGAAUUAAAAAGUAUUAGAAGAUGAUAAUAAUCAAAGUUAUAGAGCUGAAGGAGAAGGGAGAAGCAAAAGAAGGAAACUGAAGAGAAAAGAUUUAUGAGUCAACUUGUAUGAAACCGUCCCUAAGAAGAAAAAAGAAAAAGCUACAAUGUGUCAAAUUUAGUCUGAAACAUGAAACAUUACUGUAAGAAAGCAGAAUCCUGAAAAAGCAUUUCAGCUAACUGAAGGGUUUUUAUUGGUUGGAUAAUAAAACACAAGGCUCAUAAAAACAAUUCUACAAGGAACAAAAUGUUCAUGUAAAGAUUAAAUAGAUAUUAGAGACUAAAUGAGAUGAGAUUAAAGCUCCUGUGAGGAACCCUCUGGUUUGUCGACCCCCUGUGGACAAAGCUGAAACACAGAGAUCGUCGGCCGUCGGUCCUAGUUGGACCGUCGGUGAGCGGUCGUCGCCCUAGUUUUAGUGGUUGUGUCCGGCCCCUCUGGCCUUUUUUUGGCCGAUUCGACAUGUUGCAUCGGUCUGUCCUCACUGGAGCUUUAACAUGGAAGAUAUUUUAGACACUUGUGUUCGAGCUGCUUAGAUGUCUUUAUUUAUCUAGAGAUUUAAGAAGACCCUCACCGUGUAAAGCUAAAGUAAAACCUGUCCUAAAAAAACAACAACAACAGUUUAAGCACGUCUGCUCAGAGUUGCGACGAGCCAGCGCUACAAAGUAGUUACCAAAGAUCUCUGAUCAUCUCUCCUCGUGAUCCGAACAAACAUUCAGCUGAAGCCGUCGCUUCGUGCACUCAACUCAAUACUACCUUUAAAAAAAACAAAAAAAAAACACCUUUUCAAGAGAGCCAAACAUGUUGAUAGACAAAUCUGCUGUUUAUACUUCUACACUCGUCAGAAAAAGAAAUGUUAGCUCAAGUGUCAAAAAAGCUCCAUACAGGGAACGUGAACACACAGAGGACUUAACCGUCCAGCUGUAGUCGUCAUGAGAAUCACAGUUUGAAAUGUUGGUGGUGCUAUUUCUGAGGGAUCCACAGAGAAAGGAUCUGAACGUGUGGUUUAAUUAUGAGAGAUAAACGAUGAUAGCCUCUGUCAUCAUAUUUGAUUUGUUAAAUGUAUAAUAAUAGCCUUUAACGCUCCAUAAAGACUGACACAAAGAACAUAUUCAUUGUUUAAAUUAGGGAUGAUUUAUGUGUAUAUUUCUGCAUUAUUUUGUUCAAUGUUUUUUAAAUUCCAUUCUGUGCUAAAAUCCCUGAAUUUAAAUUGAACUGUUUUCAUGAAAGUCUAUAUUUAAAGGGGCGCUCCGGCUGUUUAGUAAUCAUCAUCCACAAAAAAUGGCAGAAAGAAAAGAAAACACAAGUGAAGCAGCAGACGCUCAGAUGUUUUGACGUGUUUGCAUCUUUGUGGGGCUAAAGUUCCAGCAACAGGAAUCCUACAUUUCCCACAAUGCAACAUGGUAGAAGCACUAAAUGCAGAUUUAUUUUGAGCCCUCUGUGUUCCGGCUCUCUGCUAGAAAUGUGAUUUUCUCAUGGAAUCCGUCAGUCUUUAUUUGAAUGGCGCCCAGUCAUAACAAGUGUUGUCUCAAGACGCUUUACAAAAAGAGCAGGUCAAAGACUUCACUCGUUAUGUUACAGAAGAAAAGUGGGAGAUGGAAUAAGAUGCAUGAGGAGUGAUAGAGACAAACAGAGGGCAUGUAAUCGUACAGUUUAGACAGUCUGAGAUCCUCUGCUACGUCUGUUUGUAAGAGACACAAAUGUCACUUUUCCGUCUUUAUUAGACGCCAGAAGGACAGUAAAGUUGAAUGGACCACCACUAAUCUCGCUCUCUGGCUAGCAGCUAAAGAUCUGCAUUUUUUGUCAAGCUUCGGUACUUUUUCACUGCAUCUAUUAGGAGAAAAUCUGAGAUUGGAUUGUUUUGAAACGCGGUAUCGAAAAAGUGUUGAAGUAUUGAACAUUUUGACAACCCUUGGAUACGUCAUGAAAUAUGAAAAAGCGUCAACCCUUUUUUGUUUUCUUUGGGGGGGGACACAGAGGUCUCCUGAGUGACAGAAAAACCGCCUUCCUGUAACUGUCACAGAGCUCAUUGAUGCAUACUGGUUGAAGUGGUUUGUCCCGUCCCUCCAAAACGUGUUUCAUGCUGCUUAAACCAAUCAGAGUCUAGCUAACUGAGCUUGAUGUGAAGAAUAGACGGAGUGCCUCUUUAUUUACCGCGGGAACGUAUCUGUAAAUGUCAAAUCUAACAAUCUGCUUCCCUUCAAAUAAACAACCCUGAUCGGGUCGUUUCCCAUAAUGAUAGAAAUCAAAAUGAGGUCAUCAAAGCUACGACUGUACCGGAGCAGGACGGACGCAUGAUAAGAGGAUUUUUGUUGAUGUGUGUCAGAACACUGAAACACCCAAACACAGCCUGGGAGGACGCCAUGUGCAGAGCGUCCUUUUUCCCCAGGAUUGUUUGUGUGACUGACUGUGAGAGUGCAAAUGUGAAGGAGAAACGUGGCGGUGUUUUCAUGAAGUAGAACCUUUCUGUUGUGAGGUGAUGUGUUGGAUGUCAUGCUCAGUUCUGUGUUGUAAACGGGAAAUGAUUCAACCUUUAGUUUUUUAAAAAGUAGCUGCGUAGGAGACGAAGAAGAGAAGAGAGAGAAACUGCUGUAAGGAUCCAUACAGUUCUAUUUAAAUGUACCACAUGACUUGAAAUCCAUUACUGUGCCACUUUAUCCAAAGGGAGCUAAAUUAUUUAGAGCUCAUUUCUCUGUGACGAUGAAACCAGUUCAGGAAAUGCUUCACUUUCAUCCCAUAGCCCCGGCUUUUAUUUCUGAUGGACCAAACCGACUCACUGGUCCAGCCUGCGUCUCGUCAGUCACAUCGAUGUCACAGAAAUCAGUCAUUAUUGAUGUUUAGCAGAGUCAAACCCCUAACUCAGAGAACGACCAAACACAUGUUCAUCCUUUAAAAAAAACCUUAAAAAGAGUAAAGGCCAGUUCUCAUGUAGAAACUAGUUUUAGAUUUAAAUCAAAAUCUCUGCAAAGGAAUCCUCCGAGCCCCGUCACUAAGAUAAUAAUAUUUACCCCCCCUCCCCUGUAACCUUUUUAAAGGUUUAAUAAACCUCCUCCAGAGACCAGGACUUUGUGUUGAGGUAUUUCUGUGUUGCUGUGUACAUAUUGUUGUAGGAACACUUGAAGGAAACUGUUUGUGGAGUGAAGGAGGGAGAUGCUCAUUAAUGUAUUCGUUCAUUUGAUGAGUUUUUAUGUUGAUAACAUGCUGACAAUAAUAAAAUUAAACACUGAAAUACUU